CACGCGCUGCGCACGGCCGCGACGCGGAAACCAAGCCAGAAACCCACCGAUUUUGGCGAUUUGUUCGUCACGCCGGCCAUUCCCGCUCGCCGCCACGGCACGCAAUGACGGCUAGCCACCCUCGGUGAGAAGCCAUUAAAGCAGCCGCGCCUCGGUUCCGACGCCGCCGCCUUCGAUUCGCUCCGAGAAAAACCCUCUUCCGAUCGCCGGGGGCGCCAUGCGCACCAAGCACUUGAUACCCAACCACGCCGCGGGUCUCACCUACGCGAACGCCUACGCCGCCGCCCGCGAGGGCCACGGCGGCGGCGGCGUCGACCCGUUCGAGGCCUUCCCCGACGCGGUGCUCGGGCUGAUCGUCUCCAAGCUGCCCUUCAGGUCCGCCGUCGCCUCCUCCGCCAUCUCGCGCCGGUGGCGCGGCGCGGUGGCCGCCGCGCCUGCGCUCGACCUCGACUUCGCCGCGGCGUUCCCCGCCGCGCCACGCCGCAGGGCGGCAUUCGCGGCCGCUGCCGCCGCCGCGCUCGCGGGCUCGCGGCGCCACCCGCUCCGCCGCCUCCGCCUCGCGCUCGACGGCUUCUUCGACCAGGCCUUCGCCGCCUCCGCGGCCAGCCACGUCGCCUCCUGGCUCGCCGCCGCCGCGGCGCGAGGCGUCGAGCAGCUGGAGCUCCACCUCCCUCGCUCCCGCCUCGCCGUGAUCCCUCCCUCCCUCCUCGCCUGCACCGACCUCACGUCGCUCACCCUUCGCCUCGACCACAACGCCCUUCCGCUCCCUUCCCUCUGCCUCCUCACCCGCCUCUCCCGCCUUCACCUCGCCUCCGUCUCGCUCGUUGGCUGCGGUGACUUCUUCGAAGACCUCUGCUCUCACUGCACGCAGCUCAGCUGCCUGAUCCUUGAACAGUGCCACAUCGGUGCACUCCGACUAGCCGGCGCGCCGCAGCUUUGCUCGCUUGACAUCGCCAGCUGUUCGUGGACGGAGCAGUCGUCUAUUGCCAUUGCUGAGAUGCCGGCGUUGCGCACUCUCCGCUACUCGGGUGCGAUGGCGAACAGACACAUGAUUAAUGGCGCCGAUUCCUUGGACGAAGUCGUUCUGGCCAUUGAGAAGCCACAAGCUCUCCUGGAGCCUAAUCUCAGAGAGCUGCUUGCGUUGGUUGGAAACGUACGGAGCCUAGUGCUUUCGCCCUGGUGUAUUGAGCAAUUUUCUCAUCCUGAGGAAUGGUCCAAGGUGCGGCUGGACAAGGUGAGACGGUUGGCAUGCAUAAUAGAGAGGAGGGAAGAAGGUGCUUUGUCCAUUGCACCAUUGCUUACGAGUUGCCCCAAUGUGCAAGAACUUUCUGUGUCGGUCGUGCCAUCGCAGUCCAAGCGGAGACGGUGCAGCGACAGUGAAGUUCAGUAUCGUGUUAUUGGUGGUAGAGGGAUGAUCGUCAGGAAUCUCAGGGAAAUUAGGAUGGAGUACAUUGAUGAGAGCAAGAGUGGAUUGGAUCUGGUUAAGCUUCUGCUCAAGAAGGCGCAGAUGUUGGAGAUGAUGACAAUUGUGCCUUCCAUGGAUGGCCUUGAGCAGGCCAAGUUCAGGCGCAGGGUGUUGAAGUUCAGAAAAGCUUCCAAGAAUGUCAACAUCCAGUUUUGUGCCACUGCAUGAUGGAAUGGUUGUGUGUUAAUCACUGAAGUCUCAUGUUCAGUCCGUGAAGGAAGAAGUGGCUUGCCUGUCAUCAGUGAGGCUCUUCCAGUCCUGUUCCGGGCACUUCUAAGAUCUAACUUGUCACAGAGCUGCUAACUGCCAUUUUAAUUCAUUGCCGAGCUUCAUUUAGUUUUGAAAAUUUCCUAAUUCUUGGUGAACUUUAGCUUUGUUGGAUACAGAUACCUAGUUUUAUGACAAGUUAAUUUGAAGAAGCGUGUUGCUAUGGAUCUGUUUGGCCUAGAUGAAUAUUAUCUGAUGGUAUAAUUUGUAAGGCACCUCGAACCAGCAUUGUGUUCUUGGUGCCUUAUUAACCCA